ACGCUCCUGCUGGUCUCGGGUUUCUAGGUUAAUUUCCUACUGGGUUUAAUUUAGUGUGCUCUUCAGCGUCUUGGUAAAAUCCUACCGCUUCCUUCUGGGCUUUUGCCCUCUCCAACCUCAGAAAUGCGUUAUAAUUAUCUGGCCCAAAAGUAUUUGCUAGAUCACCACAAUAAUGGAUUGUAAUUAUCUGGCCCAAAAGUAUUUGCGUGAUCACUCCAAUAAUGUGUUACAAUUAUCUGACCCAAAAAUGCUGGCACUGACAGUUUUUCUGGGAUAGUUUUGUUCUGGUAUCUCCUUUUCCACAGGACUGUACGAUAAAGGCUUGAGCUGGUGUCUUAAUUCUGCUUCAUACAGUUUUCAAAAUAAAUUAACAUCCAGUAUCAAAUAAUGAGGGGUUUAGGAGAUUAUAGAAUUGUAAGGGAUCACAGUCUUUUAACUUCUUGUGUAGACUGUGUAAUAAUAUUACUUGGCAGGGUGUUGUUCCAUUGUAGGUUGGACUUGAUGAUCUCAGAUGUCUUGCCCAACCUAAUUGAUUCUGUAACUUCACGCAUUAAAUUCCUAUAUGUAUUCACAUAUCUCAUAGUGUCAUGCAAAACUGGGGCAAAAAUUAUACAGAGCAAUAUAUCUGAGUGGUAAUUUUAGCCAUUGUAUUUUUUUUGCUCGUACGCCAUGGCGUCUUAUUGUCAGCUAUUUUCCCAUAAGUGUAUUUACAGUUUUGAUCUAAAUAUAUCUUCUUGUGUCAGUAAUUUAAAGUGUUAACUGUGUGUUCAUAAAAAUUACUUUGGUAAUUUCCUUAAAUUAAAUUAAGCAUAUCUGCAAAAUUCAAUUUUGGGACUACAGAGACUAUGCUUAGUGCUUUAUCUCAUGUUAAAAUGUCAUGGGAAACCACAGCUUAAAGCUGGGUUACUCUGUCAGCUGUUGUGUUUUAUGUAAAACCUUACUAGAAUUUCCCUUCAGGAUGUGAACUGGGCUGACACAGAAGUUCUGAAGCAGUCUUUUGUGAAUUAUUCCCCACUUUUCUGUUUUAACAAUAAUGCAAGCUACACACCUGCCUUCUGAGAUUUAUGGGCUGGAAAAAUCAACGCUUUAUUAUGACAUUUUGUAAAGAGCCUGAAAAGCAUCAUUUUUCAGGGAGAAAAAAUUUUCUAGUUUUACAUUAAAAUUUAUAAUUUCAGAGAUUAUUUUGGUUGGCCAGAGGUUUGCUUUUUCUGGUCUGAUUUCCCUCUUGAUCUGCAGAAUAUUUCUGGGAAAUUCUGUUGUACCUGGGAACGUGGGUUGAUUUUUACACAGGCAGCAUUCAUUUUUGUCUCAAAAGGAGGCUGAAAUGAACAGUUUAAAAAGAACAGUAGGACGUGGGUCUUGACUGAGGUCAACCCGAAGCCAGUUUUGCAUCCUGUUCUUCAUUCUAGUGCAAAGAACACCUGCCAACAUUACCCAUAACAAAAGUGUAAGCCUAACACAGAACUGACACAGACCUCUCUUGCUGUAUUAAUUUCUAGAUCUCUCUUUAUCUCUUCCAAGGUCACUAAGUGGAAUUUAAAAAGAGAUCCCUGAGUGGGACUCAUAAAUGUUUCAUCAGGUGGGAAUCUUCCAGGCACAAGAAGAAAUCUGUAAAAAUUGAUUGCGCUAUCCAUUGAAAUGCAAUUAUGUAAAAGACUGGAACUGUUCUUUUUGGACUUUGUGUUUUAUUAUCUUUUAAUUGCUAUAAUGUUCUAUUUUUAUUUCUGCUCUUCUCUUGUUUUAUGGUCUUUUUUCUGCUUUCUUUCACAGAGCUUCAAAGCUUAGCUGAAGUUGCUUUUAGCUCAAUUAUAUUUUUUUACAAAUUAAUUAAAUAUAUGUUUAUUCUUUCUGGAUUUUUUUACUGUUCAUAUUUCAUGUAUGCUGUUUUACCUAAUAUCAGCGCUUACUGGCGCCUGGUUUGUUUUUAUUUAGGAUGGGACAAAUGGUGAUUGGUAUUUCCUAUACUGGACUGGGCAGACUGGAUUCAGAAAGCACAGAGGCUCAACACUGAGGCAUAGACCACAGACAUCUCCUACUGGAGUAAGGCACCUGUGAUGGAAAAAAAAAUGUUCUCCUAGUCCCAGGGGAAGUUUGAUUCUGAAUACUGGUGUGCUUUUUAAAGAACAACUGACGAUACAAAGGACAAUGCACAGUGUGUAUCCUGGUGACAUUUUGUGUGCUACAGCAUGGUUUUUGUCAUGGCAUCUGAGACUGAAAAGGCCCAUGCUCUUCUUCAGACUUUCAGCACAGCGUCAGUUAUUUCCAGUCUAGGUUUGGGGAUAUUCUGCUUUGUAGCAGACAGACUUCUGCAGUUUUCCUUCAUUCAGCAAAAUGACUGGCUCCGAGCCUUAUCUGAUAAUGCAGUGCAUGGUAUACUGGGGAUGUGGUCCUGGGCAAUAGUGAUUGGACUCAGGAAGAAAAGUGACUUCACUGAGAUCACCCUGGCUGGCUUCCUUGCCUCUAUCAUUGAUGUGGACCACUUCUUUCUUGCUGGAUCUCUGUCAUUAAAGGCUGCUCUGACUCUUCCACGGAGACCACUUCUUCAUUGUUCUACUGUGAUUCCUGUGGUGGCUCUGACAUUAAAGUUUAUCAUGCAACUUUUCAGACUUAAGGACUCAUGGUGCUUUCUUCCCUGGAUGUUGUUCAUAUCCUGGACUUCUCAUCAUGUCCGUGAUGGGAUUCGUCAUGGCCUCUGGAUCUGCCCAUUUGGAAAAACUCCUCCCUUGCCCUAUUGGCUGUAUGUGGCAAUUACAGCAUCUUUACCUCAUCUAUGUUCAUUUAUUAUGUAUUUAACGGGCACUAGAGAAUUAAUGUCUAUAAAACAUGGAAUUCACAUUGAUGUAUAGGAAUAAUGGCUUUUGAAAGUGGUUCGUGGUAGCUCUUGAAAUAACCUGUCUGUCUGUCACUGAAGGGUUUCCUUACGUUUACUACACCUUCUGAGUUAGUCAUUUUAAGGUUGUGGAGCCAAUUACAGCUCUUGUGCCAAUUCCUUGUGGUCAUAGAACCUAUUUAAGGAAUGGUAAUAAUUUUAUAUCUGUACAUUUCCCUUGUACAGUGUGUGGUCUUCCAUGAUAGUUCAUGCAUAGCGAGCUGAUUAUAAAGUACUUAGUUCCUCUCUGUAGUAAUUACAUUUUACUGUCAUGGUAAAGUACUUUCUAUUACUGCCAUUCAUCUGAUCACCAUUGACUUUGAAUUUGUAUUCUGCCUUUGGAGAAUACAUUUCAUCCAGAUAGUAUCUGUAUAGCACUUUAAAAUUGUGAAGUUCUAUAUAAAUGCUAGGUAUUACUGAGGAUUUAACAGUGUAUGGCACUUCUAAAAAAUCACUCAGCCUUUUGAAUUUAUUUAUAUGUUAGGAGGCCGGCUGGACUUCUGUAUUCAACCAUUUGAAAAGAAAUACUGCCUGUAUUUCACACUGUCUAUCCACACCUCUUUGAAUUUGUAAUCACAGAGUGUUUUACUAAAUUCUAUAUCCCCGUGUAGUUGCUUAGUACUAAAUUUGCAGAUAAUUACUGGAUUGAAAAUUAGAAUGGUGUAGACAGUUUGGUUGUAGUAUUGUGAUGUGCUGGCCAAAUUGUUUAAUUUUGAAAAAUACACUAAUUAUGACUACUAUUUAAUUUGAACCAGGGAAUUUUAGUAAAUAUUUAAGAAUUGUGUGAAGAUUCAGGGAGACACAAGAAUAUAAAAACUGCUUAUAACAAAAGUUUGCUUAAAGACACUACUACUCAUUAAAGUAUUUUCCAUUAAGUGCAAUAUCAUCCUCAUAAUUGUAAAAUAAAAUGCAUUAUUAUUGUUAUUAAUAUUAUUAUCAUCAUACAGAAAUAGAAAUUUCCUCAUAAAAAAGUUCCAUAAGGAAAAGUAUUAUUAUGCUGCAGUUUAUGAGGUAGUAAUUUGCACUAUGGACUAUUCAGUUUUCAUUUAUAGACAUCUCUCAGAAAGAAUCCCAAAUUAAAACUUGUCUGGUCUUGUCUAACUAGACAAGACUGUCUGGAUUUGUGUAGUUUAUGAUGUACAAGCUGAGAGUGCCUAUUAAUAAUUUUUAAACUUUUUAUUCUCCGCCCAUUGAAGAGAUGGGGCCUUAACUACUCCAGCUUGUGAUGAAUAGCUGUCAAAGGGGAUCAUUUUUAUGGAACUGCAUGUAUAAGGUAGCAUGUGCUUAACUUAGGUUACCAAUGGGUGUAAGGGUUUAAGCAAUGUGUAAAUUUACAUUAUUAAAUGUAAUAGAAUAAAGUUUAAAAAAAAUUAUUAA